AUGGAGGCCCUUAUCCCUGUCAUCAACAAAUUACAAGAUGUGUUUAAUACAGUUGGCGCGGACAUUAUCCAGCUGCCGCAGAUUGCUGUUGUUGGAACGCAGGUAAGAAUCGCUAGCCAGCCAGCUAGCUAGCAUGCUCUCGCCACAGAGUUUCUUAACCAGUUGUAUUCACUCUUACGUCGUUAGGUAGCUACUGCGGUCUAUCACGCAGUUCCACUCAUGGAACAUAUAAAUGUGGUUACGUGUGCUCUGUUUUCAAGGAAAGGUUAUCUAACGUUAGUUAAUUAGCUCUGGCUAGCUACUAUCACGCUAGUUAGAUUUUUAGCUAGCUAGUUAGCAUUAUUGUGAGCAGCUGUAUAGUUAGUUAGCGCGAAUUUGACAGGCAGUGCAACCUGGCUAACUACCCCCGUACCCAUGUAACAUACUACUAUGUUAAUCCGCAGGUGUCAUAAGCCGUGACCAAAGUCAAGCAAACAACUAGUUAGAGGUGAUUUUAAAACUCAAUCAAGUCAUUAAAUUGACAUGUUACACUGUUCUGGGUAGUUUACACUGUCACUGGUAUCCAUUCUUCUCCUAGCCUUGGAAGACUUGAAUAUUUUUCAAUAAAUGUGAACAUAAUUGAAGUCUUCCAAGGCAUCUGCUUUGUCUUAUUUAUUGAAUUACCAUCCAUUUGCCUAGAUGAACAGAGAUGAACUACAUGAAAUAGGCUACACCUGUACCCUUCUCUCCACACAGCUGUUGUAGGUGUUACAUAACAGGUUUACAGUAGCAGCCAUCCCCUCCCAGGCAUGUUUACUUCCACUGAUUUGCUAAGAGGAUGUCACUGUCUCAGCCCUUUGGCAACCUCUGAACCGAAAGUGCCACGGUGACAAGAAGGCAGCCAUAGGAUGUUUCCCCAAUCAUCUGGCCUCCAGAGUGUGUCUGCAUUGUCUUGUUACUGCUUUUCAAAGGACAGAUUCACAAAGAGGGGUUCAUUUGAAAAAUCCCUGAAAUCCCUGUCUCUUUCAGUUCUAUUUUUACCACAUGACCGAGCGCAAACUAAAAUAGGUCAACUACAGCCAGGCGCAGCUGAGGUGAGAUCAGGCAGGUUCAAAUCAAUGUUGUGGAAAGAUUUCACACUUGCGUAGCCUCAGUUGUACUUUGUAAGUGAUGCUGACUUGUGUUGUUUACCAGCUCACGUUAACUUUUUGUAUUGUAACUGAUUCUGCCUGUGUUUCUGUCUCCAGAGCAGUGGGAAGAGUUCAGUGCUAGAGGCUCUGGUGGGCAGAGACCUUCUGCCCCGGGGUACUGGCGUCGUCACCCGUCGGCCCCUCAUCCUCCAGCUGGUCCACGUGGACCCAGAGGACCGCAGGAAGACCAGCGAGGAGAAUGGUACUGUGAAACACGACACUCCGUCACUGCUCUAGGGUUGUACAAUUCUGGGAUGCUUCUCAUCAAAGUUCCCAGGUUUUUCAGAAACCCUGGUUGGAGUAUUCCCUCUCUGCUUAGGCUAUUUCCUUCUGAUUCUGGAAUGAAAUCCUCCAACCAGGGUUUCUAAAAAACCUGUGAACUUUGAGAAAGCGACAUUCUGCUGGCGGCUGCUCUGUGUCUCUCUAACAGGUGGUGGUGUUGUUGUAAUCCUUCCUGUCCCUCUCAUGUCUCCACUCCUCAGAUUACUAUUUAAACCACUCUAGUUGAAUGCGUGUCCUAUUGUGACUUUCUCUGUUCAUUUGUGUGUGAUCUAGGUUUGUGUGAUAUGCUGUGUUUUGAUGCUCUGUGUGCCUGUGUGUUUCUGACUCUGGUUGGCCAGCCUUUUCUAGAAGAAGAAGUCUGGUAGAGCGGCUUAGGCCAGGACAUGUUGUUAUGAAUGACUGCACCAGGAAUAAUGUCAUGGUGCAUGAUUCAGUUGGACUGUGAGAAGUGCCAUGUCAACUCAGCAGUUAAUGAAGUCUGCAGUCACAGCAGUGGGCUAGCUAGCAAGUAUCUAGCCGUAAAUUAGGCAUAUAACCUUCAACGUGGUUUCCCUUAUCUAUUGAAAUUCUACAGGAACCUGAAUGUUCUUAAAUAGCCACCAAGUCACAACAACGUGCAAUGUCAAUGUCAUGAUACUCUAUCCACAAUGACAUCCAAGACAUUUAAACGCAAAACCAGCUUAUGUCGUUGGAGAUAUGCCACUAUUAGGCUUUCCCCAAUAGAAUGACAAAUGUAGUAAACCUUGCCUCGUUUGAGACAUUCUGCACUAUAGGCUUAGUGCUUGAGUCUGCCCUGCUGCUGGGAAUGGUCACGACAUGAAGGAUGACGUAAAAUACUGCAUUGCUGCAGAUGGCCAUGAUGCAGGAGCUGCAGCUAGCAUCUAGGCUAACUACUAACCCCUCUCUCCUGUCAUCUGAUCUCUUCUGAACCACAGACCCCAAUGCCUGGAGAAACAUGCGCCUUUACAAAGGUCUCCUUUUCCUUGUUCCCAUAUUGCCUGUUGUCUGUGUCCAAUCAGCAGCUUCUUACUCUAGUCUAGGCCUACCUCUUUCUGCUGGCCCCGUUUUGCCCCUCUCCCAUCCUGCCUAUUAGCCUUUUGUUUUUCUGGCUAAAUGAAGCUGCCAAACCUUGUGGUUUAGCUUGAUUCAGCGAAUCAAGUCCAAUAAGGUCAAACUCUGAUUCAGACAAAACACUUGAUUUUCUGUAUGAGGAAAGGACGUCUAAGAAAAACUAUUUUGGAGUGCAUGGUCACAGUGUCAUAACUUAGUUGGUGGUAAGUAUGGCCCUUAAGGGCAAAUAACAUUUUAUGUUCCAAUUCACGCCCAUUUUAAAUAUGCUGAAAAACAAACAAACUGCUUAUAGCUAACUAACAGCUGAGCCACCACCCUGUUUAUUUGGUUUUCAUAGUUUGGUAAGUAAUUAUUUCAGUUGAAUUAAUCCAACUAAUACGUGCAUUAUUAGUUUUGUUUAUGAAAGGUGUUUGGUAGCUAGGUAGUAGUAAUGCCUAUUCCUGUGUUUCCCAUAAUGCACCAACCAUGCUUCUCUGUCUUUUCUCACAGCAGGCAUAUUUUCUUUGCUUUUGUCAAAAACAACAUUUCUCACUGUAUUGUUUGUGUGUUCAAAUCUCUGGCCAUAUGCCUCUGGUUUAUCGGCCCGCAGAAUGUAUUCCCAUCCCAGCUGAACAAACAAAUAGGUCUACAUCCUCCCUUUAGACACCAGUCAACAUGAUGACAGUUUAAUAACAACACCAUGUGCCGGUUUCCAAGACACAGAUGAAGCCUAGACCUUGACUAAAAUCGGGUACAAUGGAGAGUCCCCGUUGAAAUAGUUUUUCAGUCUAGCCCUAGGCUUAAUCUGUGUCUGCGAAACUGUCCCUAAGAGCAGGCUACUAGGGCCCACUCCAAAUGACAUCUGGCAGAUAGACUGAGACUGCCUUGUUAUAUUCCCACAGGCGUCGACGGAGAGGAAUGGGGCAAAUUUCUACACACCAAAAACAAGGUAGGCUAUGUCUCAGUGCUAAAAAUGCCUCCGAGGUAGUCUCUGUGUUGGUUCAAAGCCAGCAGGUUGCUGACUAAGCAAAGCACUCCUUCAGCUUUCUGUUCUUCUCAGUGGAGUUCCCGUUCACUGCCACAAAUAGACACGCAGCUUAAAUAUUUGAUAAACCUAAUCAGAUAUAAACACACGGUAGGUUAUUGCAGGGUUUCCCAAACUCGGUCCUGGGGCCCUCCCUGGGUGCACGUUUUGGUUGUUGCCCUAGCACUACACAGCUGAUUCAAAUGACCAACUCAUCAUCAGCCUUUGAUUAUUAUUUGAAUCGGCUGUGAAGUGCUAGGGCAAAAACCACAACGUGUGCCCAGGGGGGGGGGCUCCAGGACUGAGUUUGGGAAACCCUGGGCUAUUGUGUUUAUUUAUUCACGGAGUUCAUAUUGGAAUAGCUAGAUGUUUUGUGUCUGUAGAGGAACUUUCUCUAAGUCACAUGAUCAGCCACAAACCCUCUCUCAGUCACAGGCUAGAAAGAUGUAAGCACGCGUCAGGAACAGAGAAGGCCUUGUGACGUGCUAUACUGUAAAUUGCAUUGAUUCUGUGGCUGAUAGAGGAUUGUUUUUUUCUUAUCUUCAUGCUUACAUUUGUAAGAUCAGAUUACAUUUCUUUUGAUGUUGUGUCCAGAUCAUAUUUAAAUUGAUGUCAUGUGUCAUAUGCAGCUAUAGUAUAUAAACCCUAAUGUAAUCAUUUGUUAUUCCACACAGUGCCCAUUAAGGUCAAAUUUGCUUUGUUUUUAGAUCUACACAGACUUCGACGACAUCAGGCUCGAGAUCGAAGCUGAAACGGAAAGAGUUUCUGGCAAUAACAAGGUAUGUCAACAACAAAAUAAUUUGGUGCAAAGGUAGUCCCCAACAAUGUCAAACACUUGUUAUCAUUGCCAACUGCUAAACUGACAUUUCUGUUUGUUUUCUUCCAGGGAAUCACUGAUGAGCCCAUACACCUGAAAAUCUUCUCCCCUCACGUAGUCAACCUCACGCUGGUGGAUCUGCCAGGUAUCACAAAGGUACACAGAAAGAAAAGCCUUUUUAUUUCAAAUGUAAAUGCUGAUCGAGUUGGUUUGAACCCACCACAAAACUUAGUUAGCCUGCUGAGCUAAAGGCAUUAGCUCUGGGAGGUAAUGCAAGUCUUCAGAGCUCAGGCAAGGUUACUCGUCUUGUAAGCAUGGUUCACUGAACCAUCUCUCUUUCCAGGUACAUUGAAGGAGACAGAACCCCAAGUAUGGUUUGAAAUAUGAUAUGAGCAGGCUACGUUGACAGUGUGUGUAUGUCUACCCAGGUCCCGGUGGGAGACCAGCCCAAAGACAUAGAGGUGCAGAUCAAAGACUUGAUCGUGAAGCACAUCUCUAACCCCAACUCUAUCAUCCUGGCUGUGACUGCUGCCAACACAGACAUGGCCACCUCAGAGGCCCUCAAAGUGGCGCGCGAGGUCGACCCUGAUGGUAAACACCUUUCUCUCUUUUUCUCGCUCGGUCUCACUUUCUUUCUUCUCUUUGUGUGUAGCUGACGGUCUCUCUCUCUUUGCCUCUCUCUCUUCCAUACGCUCUCUCUCUCUUGCUCUCCCACUCCCUCUCUCCCGCUCUCUCUCUGUUAAUCUCAAUUGGCUGUCUCCUACAGUGGUUUCUCAAUCUUUUAAUCCUUAUAUCAGAAAUGCCAUGGCAUAAACCGCCUUCCAAAACCCCUUGAUUACCUGGAUGUAGGAUACACCGCCUGCUAAAACCCCUUGAUUACCUGGAUGUAGGAAACACCGCCUGCCAAAACCCCUUGAUUACCUGGAUGUAGGAUCCCCCUGCCUGCCAAAACCCCUUGAUUACCUGGAUGUAGGAUCCCCCUGCCUGCCAAAACCCCUUGAUUACCUGGAUGUAGGAUCCCCCUGCCUGCCAAAACCCCUUGAUUACCUGAAUGUAGGAUACACUGACUGCGAAAACCCCUUGAUUACCUGGAUGUAGGAUACACUGACUGCGAAAACCCCUUGAUUACCUGGAUGUAGGAUACACUGACUGCGAAAACCCCUUGAUUACCUGGAUGUAGGAUACACUGACUGCGAAAACCCCUUGAUUACCUGGAUGUAGGAUACACUGACUGCGAAAACCCCUUGAUUACCUGGAUGUAGGGCCAGGAGUUUCUCAUGAUGGGGGGACCUGAUCCUAGAUCAGCACCCCUACUCUGAUACGCUUUAUGAAUACGAGUUCUGCUGUUUGUGUCGCUGUGUGUAGGCAGGAGGACGUUGGCUGUGGUGACCAAACUGGACCUGAUGGAUGCUGGGACAGAUGCCAUGGACGUACUGAUGGGCCGAGUCAUCCCUGUCAAACUGGGCCUCAUAGGAGUGGUCAACAGGUCUGCACCUUUACAAAAUACACUUCAGUCUCUAACAUGUUGAAUAGAGCAGAACUUCAGCCUUCUGGGAAAUCCUGCAUAUAUUUUGAAGGGAGAGAAUUUACUCUCCUUGUCCUCGUGUAUCGAAGGGUGCUAGAAGCCAACAGUCACUCAGGAUCAAAAUGGAAAAAGGUUUAGAAUUUUCUUUAACGCUACAAUGUCAUCAAAAAACUCACAGUCCCACCCUUAUUUAUUUUUCCAAGGAGUCAGCUUGACAUCAACAAUAAGAAGUCAGUGGCUGAUGCCAUCCGUGAUGAAUAUGCCUUCCUACAGAAGAAGUACCCCUCCCUCGCCAACAGAAAUGGAACCAAAUACUUGGCCAGAACGUUGAACAGGUAUGAAAAUAGAAACGUAUUAGGAAAAACAAGGCCUCAACAGAAGACAACUUUUGAGGUUUGAAACCGUUUGACCAACUUCUGAUUUUGGAGUGUAAUGUCACUCUAACGAGUCACUUUCGUUGUGGACGACAUCAUGUUGUCUGUUUCUUUUUUUCUUCUUCUUCUCUUUGUUGCCAGGUUGUUGAUGCACCACAUUAGAGACUGUCUCCCGGAGCUGAAGACUCGUAUCAAUGUGCUGGCAUCCCAGUACCAGUCCCUGCUGAGUAGCUACGGUGAACCUGUAGAGGACCAGAGCUCUACUCUGCUGCAGCUCAUCACCAAGUUCGCUGCAGAGUACUGCCACACCAUCGAGGGCACCGCCAAGUACAUAGAGACAACAGAACUGUGAGCAACUUACUCUUCUUUCUCUUAAAAAAAAGGGUGAAUUCCUACUCUUUUAGUGUUAUGUUUUUUUUCAUUUAUAUGAAGAGAAAAGCAGGAAGCAUGGAAAGAACCUCUUUCAAACAUCCUUGCACCUCUACUAGUUGCCAGAAGGUGGCGCCAGUACAAAUUGAGCGUCACAAGUAAAACAAUUGGAUGCUUUUGCAGUCCAAUGUAGGAGGUGGUAGAUUAGUUAGGCUAGAUUAACUAGUCUACUACUUUGAUCUUUCAGUUACAAAUCGAAAGCUUGUGACUAUAAGGUUCUAUCUGCAAAAAGAUGGUUCUGAGAUAAUUGGCUUUAAAGUUCCGAAACCCCAUUGGUUUGAAAUAUGACCUACACGUGUGGUCCUCUGUAGCUCAGCUGGUAGAGCACGGCGCUUGUAACGCCAAGGUAGUGGGUUCGAUCCCCGGGACCACCCAAACACAAAAAUGUAUGCACGCAUGACUGUAAGUCGCUUUGGAUAAAAGCGUCUGCUAAAUGGCAUAUUAUAUUAUUAUAUUAUAUUAUUUGAAUGAUGUCAGCAAUUUGUAUAUAUAUUUUACAUAACAAUUGGGGUAUUUAGAUGACUAUAUAGGAAGAACAAGGCUGUCAACUCCAUUUUUUACAAAUGCAGAUAGAACCUUAUAGUCCCAAGCUCUCAAAAUGACAAAAUUGUUGUUCUCUUUCAGGUGUGGUGGAGCACGAAUCUGUUACAUUUUCCAUGAGACGUUUGGUCGGACGCUGGAGUCCGUAGACCCGCUGGGAGGUCUGACCACCAUAGACGUGCUAACAGCUAUUAGGAAUGCUACAGUGAGUUGUGUGCUCUGUAGAGCCUCACAAAUGUUGGGAUCCAUGUUCAUUUCAAGUACAAUGAUGGAAUGUUCAGCGUUUUGAUGAUCAGUUUGACACAUCUGUUUUAGGGUUAAGGUUGAUGGUUUAGCUUGAGUUCAAAGCAGAAAAAGACACAUUUACUUUCUCUCAAGAAAAUUAACAGUGAAGUAUUCUUCUAAACUGUGAGUUGUGUGUUAGCCAGAGACUGCUGGGUAAUGUAGUCUCUCUCUCUCUCUCUCUGUAGGGCCCGCGGCCUGCCCUGUUUGUGCCUGAGGUGUCAUUUGAGCUGCUGGUGAAGAGACAGGUGAAGAGACUGGAGGAGCCCAGCCUGCGCUGUGUGGAGCUGGUUCACGAGGAGAUGCAGAGGAUCAUCCAGCACUGCAGCAACUACAGCACACAGGUAGAGGGACACACACACACGCGCGCACACACACACACACGCACACAGGUAAGUACACUCCGUUUUGGCAAGAUGGUGGCCGACAGACACGGUCGCCUUGUUCCUAGCUUCUAGCCAACUUUGCAGUAUUUUAUUUAUUUAUUUAUUAUUUCUUACAUUAUUUGCUCAAAAUGUUUCUUGUAUUUUUACCUACAGCCGGAAAUAACUUUUGGAUAUUAGAUUGGCGGUCACUUACCAGAAAUGUGAGCAGAAAUGUUGACUUCCCUGACCUGGAUCCUUUGUUUUGAACUUCCGGAGGCAGCUCUAGUCAUCCCGGGGUGCGUCGGAGAAGAGGUAGAAGGAGUGGGGCCCUAGUCAGACUCCGGCGGCGUGCACACCAUCCACCGCCUCUCAGUUUAUCACUCACUAACGUUCAGUCCCUGGACUAAGUGUGUUAACGCACACAAGGCUGCCUGCCCAGACGGCAUCCCAAGCCGCGUCUUCAGAGCGUGAGUGUUUACGGACAUAUUCAUUCUCUCCCUAUCCCAGUCUGCUUCAAGAUGUCCACCAUUGUUCCUGUACCCAAGAAAGCGAAGGUAACUGAACUAAAUGACUCGCCCCGUAGCACUCACUUCUGUCAUCUUUAAGUCCUUUGAGAGGCUAGUUAAGGAUCAUAUCACCUCUACCUUACCCGACACCCUAGACCCACUACAAUUUGCAUACCGCCCCAACAGAUCCACGGACGACACAAUCGCCAUCACACUGCCCUAUCCCACCUCGACAAGAUAAACACCUAUGUAAUAAUGCUGUUCAUCGACCACAGCUCAGCCUUCAACACCAUAGUGCCCUCCAAGCUCAUCACUAAGCUCAGGGCCCUGGGUUUGAACCCCUCCUUGUGUAACUGGGUCCUGGACUUCCUGACGGGCCCACACCAUGUGGUGAAGGUAAGCAACAACACCUCUGCUACGCUGAUCCUCAACACGGGGGCCACGCACGUCUCCAACUUAAUGAAGUUUGCUGACGACACAAUAGUGGUAGACCUGAUUACCAACAACGAUGAGACAGCCUACAGGGAGGAAGUGAAAGCCCUGGCGGACUGGUGCCAGGAAAAAUAACCUCUGCCACAACGUCAACGAAACUAAGGAGCUGAUUGUGGACUACAGGAGACUGCAGAGAGCACGCCCCCAUCCACAUCAACGGGCUAUAGUGGAGAGGGUCAAAAGCUUCAAGUUUCUUGGCGUGCACAUCAAUGACAACCUGAAAUGGUCCCUUCACACAGACAGCGUGGUGAAGAAGGCACAACAGUGCCUCUUCAACCUCAGACCCUCACAAACUUCUACAGAUGCACCAUUGAGAGCAUCCUGUCGGGCUGGAUCACCGCCUGGUACGGCAACUGCACCGCCCGCAACCGCAGGGCUCUCCAGAGGGUGAUGCAGUCAGCCCUGCGCAUCACCGGGGGUAUACUGGCUGCCCUCCAGGACCUCUACAGCACCCGGUGUCACAGGAAGGCCAAGAACAUCAUCAAGGACCUCAGCCACCCAAGCCACGGCCUGUUCACCCCGCUACCAUUUAGAAGGCGGAGACAGUACAGGUGCAUCAAAGCUGGAAACGAGAGACUGAAAAACUUAAAUCUCCAGGCCAUCAGACUGUUAAACAGUCACCACUAGCCGGCCUCCACCCAGUACCCUGCCCUGAACCUUAGUCACUGUUCUAGCUGGCUAUCACCCAGUAUUCUACCCUGCACUUUAGAGACUGCUGCCCUAUGUACAUAGUCAUUGAACACUGGUCACUUUAAUGAUGUUUACAUACUGUUUAACCCACUUUAUAUCUAUAUACUGUAUUAUAGUCAUUGCUCAUCCUAUAUAACUACUGCUGUACACACCUUUUCUAUUCAUCUACUGUCAAUACUUUCUUUACACACGUUGCACUCACCGGACAGUUUAUUAGGUACACCCUUCUAGUACCGGGUCGGGCCCCACUUUGCCUCCAGAACCCCCUGAAUUCUUCGGAGGGCAUGGAUUGUACCAGUCGAAAACGUUCCACAGGGAUGUUGGUCCAUGCUGACGUGAUAGCAUCACGCAGUUGCUGCAGAUUGGACGGCGGUACACCACCGCCACCAGCCUGUACCGUUAACACCAGGCAGGAUGGGUCCAUGCACUCAUGCUGCUUAUACCAAAUCCUGGCUCUGCCAUCAGCAUGACUCAACAGUAACUGAGAGUCGGACCAGGCAACGUUUUUCCACUCAGUUGUCCAAUGUUGGUGAGCACGUGCCCACUGGAGCUGCUUCUGCUUGUUUUUAGCUGAUAGUAGUGGAACCCGAUUUGGUCGUCUGCUGCAAUAGCUCAUCCGUGACAAGGAUCACCAAGUUUUUCGCACCAUUCUCGGUAAACCAUAGACACUGUCGUGCGUGAAAUACUGGAUCCGGCAUGCCUGGCACCGACGAUUAUACCACGCUUAGGCCACUCGUUUUUGACCAUUCUAACGUUCAAUCGAACAGUAAGUGAAUGCCUCGAUGUCUGCCUGCUUUAUAUAACAAGCCACAGCCAUGUGACUAACUGUCUGUAUGAGCGAUCCAUUUUCGUGAACGGGGUGGUGUACCUAAUGAACUGGCCAGCGUGUGUGUAAUAUACAGUACCAGUCAAAAGUUUUAGAACACCUACUCAUUCCAGGGUUUUUCUUUAUUUUUACUAUUUUCUACAUUGUAGAAUAAUAGUGAAGACGUGGUCCUCUGUAGCUCAAUUGGUAGAGCAUGGCGCUUGUAACGCCAGGGUAGUGGGUUCGAUCCCCGGGACCACACAUACGUAAAAAUGUAUGCACACAUGACUGUAAGUCGCUUUGGAUAAAAGCGUCUGCUAAAUGGCAUAUUAUUAUAAAACUAUGAAAUAACACAUAUGGAAUCAUGUACCGGUAGUAACCAAAAAAGUGUUAAACAAAUCAAAAUAUAUUUUAUAUUUGAGAUUCUUCAAUGUAGCCACCCUUUGCCUUGAUGACAGCUUUACACACUCAUACCACGGGUAUGACAAAACAUUUAUUUUUACUGCUCUAAUUACGUUGGUAACCAGUUUAUAAUAGCAAUAAGGCACCUCAGGGGUUUGUGGUAUAUGGCCAAUAUACCAUGGCUAAGGGCUGUAUCCAGGCACUCCGCGUUGCAUUGUGCAUAAGAACAGCCCUUAGCCGUGGUAUAUUGGCGAUAUACCACACCCCCUAGGGCCUUAUUGCUUAUCUAUAUUAUAUAUAUCAAUAUGUAUGUAUAUUUUGGUCUCUGACUGCUUGUUCUGAUAUUUUUAGUAUUUUUUUUUUUUUGGGGGGGGGGGGGGAUGUGUAUUGGUUUUUGUAUUGCUAGAUAUUACUGCACUGUUGGAGCUAGACACUUAAGCGUUCGCUGAAACUGCAAUAACAUCUGCAAAUCUGUGUACGUGACCAAUAAACUUUGAUUUGAUUUGCAGCAACUACAGCACAGGUAGGUUGUUCGUUCACACACACAUUCACAUCAACAACACUGCUUUGACUCUUGUCAUCUGGCCAGUCACUAAAGGUUGUAUCUCUCUCUCUAGGAGCUGUUGAGGUUUCCUAAGCUCUGUGAUGAGUUGCAUCUCUCUCUCUCUCUGAGCUGCUGAGGUUUCCUAAGCUCUGUGAUGAGUUGCAUCUCUCUCUCUCUGAGCUGCUGAGGUUUCCUAAGCUCUGUGAUGAGUUGCAUCUCUCUCUCUCUCUCUCUCGGAGCUGCUGAGGUUUCCUAAGCUCUGUGAUGAGUUGCAUCUCUCUCUCUCUCUGAGCUGCUGAGGUUUCCUAAGCUCUGUGAUGAGUUGCAUCUCUCUCUCUCUGAGCUGCUGAGGUUUCCUAAGCUCUGUGAUGAGUUGCAUCUCUCUCUCUCGGAGCUGUUGAGGUUUCCUAAGCUCUGUGAUGAGUUGUAUCUCUCUCUCUCUCGGAGCUGUUGAGGUUUCCUAAGCUCUGUGAUGAGUUGCAUCUCUCUCUCGGAGCUGUUGAGGUUUCCUAAGCUCUGUGAUGAGUUGCAUCUCUCUCUCUCGGAGCUGUUGAGGUUUCCUAAGCUCUGUGAUGAGUUGUAUCUCUCGCUCUCUCUCUCGGAGCUGUUGAGGUUUCCUAAGCUCUGUGAUGAGUUGCAUCUCUCUCUCUCUAGGAGCUGUUGAGGUUUCCUAAGCUCCAUGAUGCCAUAGUAGAAGUGGUCACAUCCCUCCUCAGGAAAAGGUUACCAGUCACCAAUGAGAUGGUGAGUCUUUUCGGUUACACUUUAGAAUAAUUUUAAUGAAUAAGCCAUUAUAAAUGUUUGUAAAUGCUCUCUGAUCCACUACAAUAACCCACAAACCCUAUAGAUUGAAUUUAUAGUAGAAUACUGUCUGUUUGCUGUCCUUAAGUGUACCAAAUCAAAUUUCCUGUCUUUCUUUUCAGGUUCAUAACCUGGUGGCCAUCGAGUUGGCUUAUAUUAACACCAAACACCCUGACUUUGCUGAUGCCUGUGGCCUCAUGAACAACAACAUAGAGGUAAUGAACAUUGUUCACAAAGUUGGAAACUGCUUCUUUCAAUUUGACUUAAUUUAGUAUUUUCUUAUUGUCUUAUACAGUAUAUGAAGUGUUUUACUUAAUGAAAUCAUGUGGUUGUGUCUCAGGAACAGAGACGCAACAGAAUGAGAGAGCUGCCCUCAUCUGUUCCUCGGGAUAAGGUAACAGACUGUCAUGUGGUUAGGAUUUGUUUGAUUGCUACAAAAUGUACUGUUUUCUGUUUCUUUAUGGCUCCCAGUCUACCCUUUAGAGCAGCACUAGAAGCCAUAGUCCUAUGCCUUUCCCUUUCCCUAGGCCUUUCCCUAGGCCUUUGCCUUUUCCUAGGCCUUUGCCUUUUCCUAGGCCUUUGCCUUUUCCUAGGCCUUUGCCUUUUCCUAGGCCUUUGCCUUUUCCUAGGCCUUUUCCUAGGCCUUUCCCUAUGCCUUUUCCUAGGCCUUUGCCUUUCCCUAGGCCUUUCCCUAGGCCUUUCCUUAUGUCAUUCCCUAGGCCUUUCCCUAGGCCUUUAUCUUUCCCUAUGCCUUUCCCUUUCCCCAGGCCUUUUCCUUUCCCUAGGCCUUUCCCUAGGCCUUGCCCUUUCCCUAGGCCUUUUCCUUUCCCUAUGUCUUUCCCUUUCCCUAUGCCUUUCCCUAUGCCUUUCCCUAUGCCUUUCCCUAUGCCUUUCCCUAUGCCUUUCCCUAGGCCUUUCCUUAGGCCUUUCCCUUCCUUAGGCCUUUCCCUUCCUUAGGCCUUUCCCUUCCCUAUGCCUUUCCCUUCCCUAGGCCUUUCCCUAUGCCUUUCCCUAUGCCUUUCCCUAUGCCUUUCCCUAUGCCUUGCCCUUUCCCUUUCCCUAGGCCUUUUCCUUUCCCUAUGUCUUUCCCUGUCUUUCCCUAUGCCUUUCCCUUCCCUAUGCCUUUCCCUUCCCUAGGCCUUUCCCUAUGCCUUUCCCUAGGCCUUUCCCUUUCCCUAGGCCUUUCCCUUUCCCUAGGCCUUUCCCUUUCCCUAGGCCUUUCCCUUUCCCUAUGCCUUUCCCUAUGUCUUUCCCUUUCCCUAGGCCUUGCCCUUUCCCUAUGCCUUUCCCUAUGUCUUUCCCUUUCCAAGCUCAGUUAAUUUCUACUACUGCUACUUUUUACUUCUUCUAGUCUUCUGUCCACUCCUUCCUCUUUCACUCUCUCUGCUCUCUAGUACUUUAAGGGCCCAGGUGGUCAGUCUCUCUCCCCCACUGAUCUUCCUCCCCCAGAAGGAGAAGGACCCAAGGUGUGUCCCUGUGUCACUCAAUGCCUGCCUGCAUCCUAACUCAACCAAGGCUUAAUUUCAAUUAAGUUAAUUUAGGAAGUUAACUUUAAGUAAAAUUGACAGUCGUCAAUUCAGAAGUAAAUGAAAUGGAAUUCCUCCUGACCCCAACCCACCCUCAUUCUCCCCUCCCCAACCCCUGUAGACCGGAAGACCCUACUUUGUGUAUGAGGCAAUUCUGUGUUCCCCUUCUCUAGUCCUCUUCAGUGUCCAACAAAUAUGUAUUUUGAUAAAUUGAAAGUCCCCCACCCCUCUGAGGAUGAACUACAUUUCCCAUCUAGUGUCUCCUCCCGGCAUGUGUGCUUCUGUACAGAGGAAGGGUCCCUGGACUGAAGGCUUUGUACUAUAUGUGACCCUGCAGCUGUCAGAAUGCAGUUUGUUCCAAAAUCUCAGUAUAUCUACAGACAGGACUGUAUAGUCUGUAGAUGUUACAUCAUACCAGACAGGCUGAUGUAACAGCCUGGAGAGAAGCAUGCUUUUUAGGAAUACAUUGUCACACGUGUAUGAUUGCUGUUCUUUAUAAAAUAGAUGCUCUUUAUAAAAUAGAUAUUUUAAUCUCAAGGAGACUGUAUAAAUUAAAGGUUGAAUAAACGAAAAAAUUAUAAACCGCUUGCCAUGAUCUCUAACCAUGCUGUCUGUGUCUAUUUCCCCGUCUCCAGACUGCAGGUGGUGGUCCCCAGGGAGACCAGGACGGAGGGACAGGGAACUGGAGGGGCAUGCUGAAGAAGGGAGAGGAGGGGAUGGGUGGAGACAAGUCCAUGCUCCAGACCUCUAACCCCGCCAGCCCUCAGAGGGGCCAUGCCGUCAACCUGCUGGAUGUGGUGGGUAGUAGCAUCAAGACAGAAAGCUUUAGCCUACUUUACAAAAUCAUUUUAAAAAAAUCUAACAAAUCUAUUUCUUAGGAGUAAAACGUAAUGCCAAGCAACCACAUGACCUCUGACUUUUUGAGUUGUCAGUAAUUGGUCUGUUUGUGUCCUUGUAUCCCCAAGCCAGUUCCUGUUUCCAGGAAACUAUCGGCCAGAGAGCAGAGGGACUGUGAGGUCAUCGAGAGGCUUAUCAAGUCCUACUUCCUCAUCGUCAGGAAAAACAUCCAGGACAGGUAUGGUGCCGCUGUGUUCUACUUCCUGUUGUUAGACUCCCCUCCUGUGAUUUCUAGAAAUCUAAUUUCUACUGUUGUCUUUUCACCUGCUUUUAAGAAAUUGAGAAAGUCCCUCACUCUUUCAUCCACCCUUUGUCUAUACACUGAGUGGACAAAACAUUAGGAACACUUUCCUAAUACUGAGUUGCACCCCCUUUUGCGCUCAGAACAGCCUCAAUUUGUCGGAACAUGGACUCUACAAGGUGUUGAAAGCGUUCCACAGGGAUGCUGGCCCAUGUUGACCCCAAUGCUUCCCACAGUUGUGUGAAGUUGGCUGGAUGUCCUUAGGGUGGCGGACCAUUCUUGAUACACACGGGAAACUGUUGAGCGUGAAAAACCCAGCAGCGUUGCAGUUCUUGACACGCAAACCGGUGCGCCUGGCACCUAUUACUGUUAGGUUCUGACAAACAGAGUAAAACUCAAGGACGACUAGUAAAGCUCAAACCAAGUUUAUUCACCCAAUGGGUCAAACAGCUGAAAAGACAAAGACAUGUUUCCACCAGCACAAGUAUUUAUACCCGCCUAUUAGGCAGAGUCUCCUCCUUACACAUUUAGACAGCCAAUACAUCUCUGUUGCUAGGCAGGAACUUAGGUGGUGUGUGUGUGUGUGUAAUAGAACUGUUCCUUGUCAUUUCAUCUGACCUGACCUCGGCCCGAAUUCUUCACUCCUCCCUACUCCACGGCUAUCCAACCUGAUCAGUGACUGAAACCAGACUGUUGCCAUUUGCCCCUCUCUAUAGGAUACAUGAGAUUUAACGCUAACAUGUUCUGCAAAAUGUCAACUUUCUGCACUCCCCCUUUCUCACUCAGUAACUUUCCAUACACCUGGUUCUCAUCCACCCUCCAUUGACCCCAACAUAUACAUUCAUUUAAAGUAAUGUAAAGUAAUCAACUUCAAGUAUUUCGAGCUAGAAUCCAACACUACCAUACCCCGUUCAAAGGCACUUAAAUAUUGUCUUGCCCAUUCACCUUCUGAAUGGCACACAUACACAAUAUACGUCUGACAGGUGACAUCAAUAAGGGAUCAUAGCAUUCACCUGGUCAGUAUGUCAUGGAAAGAGCAGGUGUUCCUAAUGUUUAGUACACUCAGUGUACUUCUCUCUCCCUUUUGCGCUCCCUCCUGCAGCGUGCCCAAGGCGGUGAUGCACUUCCUGGUGAACCAUGUGAAGGACAGCCUGCAGAGUGAACUGGUGGGCCAGCUGUACAAGGCUGGUCUGCUGGACGACCUGCUCACUGAGUCUGAAGACAUGGCCCAGAGACGCAACGAAGCUGCAGACAUGCUCAAGGUACAGUGUGUGUGUAGAACCUGCUCACCGAGUCUGAAGACAUGCUCAAGAUACACGCCUGGGAUUAGUUGCAGAACUAUGGGAGUUUGAAAUAUGGCAGAAGUGUUUUUGGGGCAGUAACUCCCAGCACCACAAAUGAGAAGCUUGGUAGUGUGUGUUAACCAUCUUCAAAAGUGAGAUCUGUGAAAAGUGAUCUAACUGCUGCUAGAAUAUAGCAGAUGUUGGGACAAACUGUGACCUCCAGCUUUGACAUCACUGGGGGUGUUUGUUUCUGUAUGAAUUUGCUCAUCUAAACAGGCUUUUCCACUCUGUGUCCACAGGCCUUGCAGAAAGCUAGUCAAGUGAUUGCCGAGAUCAGAGAAACACACCUGUGGUGA